CAGCUGAUUUAAGCCGGGAAAUUAAUCAAGUCCCUUGAAUUUGUUAUUAAAUUGUAAAUUAUUAAAAUGAACGAAGAACUGUGGAAUAAAACGUAUUCAGCCAACGAAGCAAUAUUUCGUAGUUCAGAAUUUUCAAAUACCAGAAGAGAAAACGCCUGGCGUACACAAAAAUUUCUGCUCGCCCAGAAAACUCGAGAACUGAAUGAUAAUAUUCACUAUGCCGUGCUCAAGGAACACCAGGACAAGCUGCAGACGGUGGAGGAGAAAGCAAUUCUCGAACGACUGGAAAGAUGCCAGAAAUUAGUCAAUGACUGUCGCAGGACGCCCUUGCAAAAAUCUGUGAAUCUGAAAAUGCCUGAUGCCAGUGAAUUUGAAGCGCCUUGUAGGGGCAUCUAUGAAAGUUGCCAAGGGAAUGAAGUAUCGAGCUUCGACCUGCAACGGUUUAGCCUUUUCAAAACCUAUGUUAAUCCAGGCAAAAGGUCAUCAUCGGCUCCUGCUGCUCCCAGUCCACAGCCACGUCGGGAGAAGAGCCCUAACUCAUGUCGAGAUUCAAUAACUGACGAUUCUAAUUGGCUAGGAUUCCGCACAGCUUUAGAACAAAAAGCCCUCGACGAUAUAAAGAAAAAUAAUCAGCAAGCUGCUGGAGGAAGAGCUGCCAACACUGCCCCUUCGGAAAUGAUGAAUUUCCGGAAAAAAACAUUGGGUGGGCGACGGACCGUAAACUCCAAUUUCGUCUCCCCCGUGGUACAAAAUAAUGAAGCCUCCAGGGCCAAUGAAGGCAGCAACAAUGCAACAACCAUUCCAUCGACUUUGGCCCAUUUGAAUGCCAAAAUGGUGGAGCAAAUUCUUGGUGAGAGUAUGCAUAACUUUAAGCCUGUAGCUUGGGAAGAUAUUGCUGGCCUCGAGUCGGCAAAGUCUACGUUCCUGGAAGCGAUCAUUAUGCCCCUUCGUCGCCCGGAUUUGUUUACUGGUGUGCGCUGCCCGCCUCGCGGAGUUCUGCUGUUUGGACCACCUGGCACUGGAAAAACUCUCAUUGCCAAAAGCAUUGCAUCGCAGGCGAGAGCCAAGUUCUUCAGCAUCAACCCGUCCACCCUUACCUCCAAGUGGGUAGGCGAGGCAGAGAAAUUGGUAAAGACACUGUUUGCCGUGGCAGCCGCCCAUCAGCCAGCGAUAAUUUUCAUCGAUGAAGUUGACUCUCUGUUGUCUAAGAGAUCUGGAAAUGAGAACGAGAGCACUCUGCGCCUAAAAAAUGAGUUUCUUAUUCACUUGGAUGGAGCAGCCAGCUGCGAAGAGACGCGAAUCCUGGUAAUUGGAGCCACUAAUCGGCCUCAAGAGCUCGACGAGGCAGUGCGUCGUCGGUUCGUGCGGCGCCUUUACGUUCCGUUGCCAAAUAAAGAGGCACGUCUGAAAAUCAUUGAGAAACUCAUCAGACAGGUGAAACACAGCCUAAAUUUGUCCGAUAUAGAGCUGCUGGCGGAGCUUAUGGACGGCUACUCCGGGGCGGAUGUGGACUCCUUGUGCCGCUAUGCCUCUAUGGCCCCGUUGCGCUCUUUAAGUCCAGCUGAAAUGGAAGUCGUCAAGCCGCAUGAGCUACCUGCCGUUACGAUAGGGGACUUCAAAGAAGCUUUGAAGGUCAUAUCGAAGAGCGUGUCAGCUGAAGACUGCCAACAGUUUGUGGCGUGGAACGAAAUAUACGGCGUGAAGCAUUAAACAUGUCAGGAAAGGUUUAUUAAUACUUUACAGAGUAUGCAUGCACAUCUAAUAACACUAAAGAAGGAAAUUUACAAGAAUAUACAUUCACAGUAUUUAAUUAUUUUCAUUUUAACAUGAAAAUUGCGUUCGUAUACAGCUGAUAAAAUUAGCCUGCCAGUGCAUAAGGCAGGCGAUUACUAAUUGCCAAUUUUAACAAACUGGCAUAAUUAAACUUAUGAACUAAUUAUAAACCUCAA